UAUGGGACGUAAAAUCCCGGGUAAGAAACAUAGGGGAGUGAACGAUCCAGAAAAACAACAAGCUGAAAGAUUGGCAAAAAUCAAAGACAAAAUCAAUGCGCCGCCCUUGAAUCCUGAAGACCAACAAGUUCCUCGCAGUCUUUCACGUAUUAUUGAGCUGAAGAAUAGGGCAAAACAGGGACUUUUUAACAAGAAGCAAAAGAAAAAAGAAAAAAGUGCGCAAAAACCAAAAAUUUCCAAGGGAAAGCCAGAGAAGCCAUUUCCAAAGUUUGAAAGGCGCCCUGGAGAAAGUGAUUGGAUAUUUAAGCGGAGAAUGAAUAGAAUAUGUCAAGAUGUCAUCAGAGAAACGGCCUUUGAAGAUAAGUACAAUGUGGACAUCAAGCGAAAUGAAGACGGUGAGGUCGAAGGAGUGGAGAAGCGACCCAAAGAUGAACUACAAGUUCUUAUGAAAAAAGUCAGAAAGGAAAAUAAGGAAGCCAAAACGAAGAAAAAAAAGAAGAAACCGCGUGCAGAUUCAGAGCCAAAGCUAACAAAGUCCCAAAAAUGGGCGUUGAAACAGGCGGAAAAGAAGCGAAAAAAGCAAUUGGCCACUGAUCAGGAUCACAGCUAUUUGCCACAGAAAGAGCAGAUUAAGUUUGGAGAAAUUGUCCAUGCGCCGCCGUCUCUAGUGGCCCCCCGGCGCGUUGAUAAAUCGCAAGAAACCCCAAGACCUGGUCAAAAACAACUGCUUCUCAAGUCAAUAUUCUCAAAUAGCGAGAACAGUAGCGGCACAUCCAAUAGGCCGCUGCAUAGCACGAAAAGCAGUGUUUCAAACGCUUCAAAAUCCAUAAACAAGAAAGGGAAGCGCAAAGAUUUGCCGCACGCCAUGCGGAGACAGCUGGAUAAACAACAGAAAGAAAUUAUCGAAGCUUACAAGAUACUGAAAUCCAAAAAAAUUAAAACAACCAAUUGAGCAAAGCACAAAAA